ACGAUCGACCUCAUUGCGGAAAGCGCAUGGCUGGAAUGGCGCUGGCGCGGGCCUGGAAACAAAUGUCCUGGUUCUACUACCAGUACCUGCUCGUCACUGCGCUCUACAUGUUGGAGCCCUGGGAGCGGACUGUGUUCAAUUCGAUGCUGGUUUCUGUAGUGGGGAUGGCGCUGUAUACAGGCUACGUCUUUAUGCCGCAGCACAUCAUGGCCAUAUUGCACUACUUUGAAAUCGUACCGUGA